GGGUGAGUCCAUGAAGCACUGGCGCGCGCAACGUUGGUGGCAGGUGCGCGUUAUGGUGAGCAGCCUGGCAACCUCGAGCGUCAGAGACAAAACUAAUGAACAAUGUGACCAUACCCACAGUGAGUCAGGAUUUCAAGAGAAAUGAAACUCUUUUUUUCUUUCACUAUAUGUUCCCGUUCUCUUCAGUCAGUGAAGUACCCACCUCAGUUCUCUAUUUUACGCUCUAGACUAGUUACCGCACACAACUUGGUUAGCUGUAGAUUAGACACAAUGGCGAGUAAAAUGACAGCCUCUGUCUCAUUGGAACAGGACCUCUUCAAAUGUCCCAUCUGUCUAGACCUGCUGAAAGAUCCGGUGACUAUGCCUUGUGGACACAGUCACUGUAUGGGCUGUAUCCAGGGCUUAUGGGAGCAGGAGGACCAGAUGGGAGGUCAGAUCUGCCCCCAGUGCAAAGAAAGUCUUACACAACCUUGGCCCACUCUGAACCAAAAUACUAUUCUGGCUGAAAUGGUGGCGAAACUGAAGAAGACAGAACUCCAAACUGCUCCUCUUACGGAAGAUGUGGUUGCAUGUGACUUCUGCACUAGAGGAGCGAACCAAGCUGUCAAGUCCUGCCUGGUGUGCCUGGCCUCUUACUGUGAGACUCACCUAAAGCCCCACUAUGAAAACCCUUCCUUUGGAAGGCACAAGCUGCUGGAUGCUACCCGACGAUUACAGGAACGGGUUUGCUCAACUCAUCACAAACUGCUGGAGGUUUACUGCAGAACCGACAAACUGUGUGUGUGUGUGAGUUGUGCACUGUACGAUCACAAAGGCCAUGUCAUCGUCGCUGCAUCAGCUGAAAGAAUGGAGAAGCAGAAAGAGACAGAGGCCACAGGAGGAUCAUGUAGACAGAAAGUCAAGGAAAAGGAAGAGGAGGUGGAGCACCUGAGGGGAGCUUUGAUGUCGUUUAAGCGCUCUGCAAGGGAAGCUGUUCUGGACAGCACCAGGACGCUCUCGGAGCUGAAAGUAUAUCUGGAGCGGAGGGGCAACCAAGUGAAGGAGAUGAUCAGGGCUCAGGAAAAGGUGGAGGUGAACUGGGCGGAGGCCCAACUGCAGCGUCUGGAGCAGGAGAUUAUUGCGCUGAAGAAGAGAGACUCUGAGCUGAAGAAACUCACACUGACCCAAGAUGACGCAUACUUCCUUCAGCAUUACCAAGACCCCAGGAGCUCUCCUGUAUCUGAAGACUUGCCGAGCAUCAACAUUGACCCGCUGUGUGAUUUUGGGACAGUAAAGAGAGCUUAUACUCAUUUCAAGGAGCAGUUGGAAUGCUUCUGUGAUGAAGGAAUGAAGAGGAUAUUGAACACAGUAAAAGCCAUCCAUAUGCUUCAGUCACCAAAGCCCAGCCAAUUUUCAGCUCCAAAGACAAUUGGUCAAGCCAAUGGGAGCCCCCCAGCCUUCAAGCCCGCCCUGGUAAUGGGGGAACCUGCAGUAACCUGCGACUCUCCCCUUUCCCUCUGUACAAAGUCCUCUAUCUUGAAGUGUUCUUCUAUGAGCAAACCUCCAACUGGCUCAGCGAUCCUAUUCACCGAAAAAGGGCCAUCAAAUGACACUAAACCUGCUGCUAGAGUAGAGACCAUCCUCACCAAACCCGUGUCCACCACUGACAACCUUCUCUUGACCAAAUCGGCAUCUAAUAUGAACAUCAAUCCCCUGCUUACUAAAUCCUCAUCUAACACUGAAGGGUUCACCAAACCUGCAUCUGGAGCUGGUAUAGCAGUCCUUAACAGCACACCUGCUACCACAACAAGUAGCAGCAUUUUCAAUUGUCCUGUCGGUGUUUGUGGUAAGCCUGCAGUUGACGUGGAUGAUUUUUGUAAGGCAGCAUUAAACACUGACAGCGGUCCUUUCACCAAACUUGUAUCUGACAACAAUAGUAGAGAAAAGCCUAGCACAGGUUUCUCCUUUGGCGAGCCUAAAUGUAACGCAGGCUCAUCCCUCUUUGGCAAGCCUGAAUCUAACACAGGUUCACCCCUCUUUGGCAAGCCUAAAUGUAACGCAGGCUCGUCCCUCUUUGGCAAGCCUGAAUCUAACACAGGUUCGUCCCUCUUUGGCAAGCCUGAAUCUAACACAGGUUCGUCCCUCUUUGGCAAGCCUGAAUCUAACACAGGUUCGUCCCUCUUUGGCAAGCCUGAAUCUAACACAGGUUCGUCCCUCUUUGGCAAGCCUGAAUCUAACACAGGUUCGUCCCUCUUUGGCAAGCCUGAAUCUAACACAGGUUCGUCCCUCUUUGGCAAGCCUGAAUCUAACACAGGUUCGUCCCUCUUUGGCAAGCCUGAAUCUAACACAGGUUCGUCCCUCUUUGGCAAGCCUGAAUCUAACACAGGUUCGUCCCUCUUUGGUAAGCCUGAAUCUAACACAGGUUCGUCCCUCUUUGGCAAGCCUGAAUCUAACACAGGUUCGUCCCUCUUUGGCAAGCCUGAAUCUAACACAGGUUCGUCCCUCUUUGGCAAGCCUGAAUCUAACACAGGUUCGUCCCUCUUUGGCAAGCCUGAAUCUAACACAGGUUCGUCCCUCUUUGGCAAGCCUGAAUCUAACACAGGUUCGUCCCUCUUUGGCAAGCCUGAAUCUAACACAGGUUCGUCCCUCUUUGGCAAGCCUGAAUCUAACACAGGUUCGUCCCUCUUUGGCAAGCCUGAAUCUAACACAGGUUCGUCCCUCUUUGGCAAGCCUGAAUCUAACACAGGUUCGUCCCUCUUUGGCAAGCCUGAAUCUAACACAGGUUCGUCCCUCUUUGGCAAGCCUGAAUCUAACACAGGUUCGUCCCUCUUUGGCAAGCCUGAAUCUAACACAGGUUCGUCCCUCUUUGGCAAGCCUGAAUCUAACACAGGUUCGUCCCUCUUUGGCAAGCUUGAAUCUAACACAGGUUCGUCCCUCUUUGGCAAGCCUGAAUCUAACACAGGUUCGUCCCUCUUUGGCAAGCCUGAAGCUAAAGGAUUCUCAUUUGGCAAGCCUGCAUCUAACACAGGUUCACCACUCUUUGAAGUCCUGCAUCUAACACAGGUUCACCCCCUCUUUGGCAAGCCUGAAGCUAACACAGGAUUCUCAUUUGGCAAGCCUGCAUCUAACACAGGUUCACCCCUCUUUGGCAAGCCUGAAGCUAACACAGGAUUCUCAUUUGGCAAGCUUGAAUCUAACACAGGUUCGUCCCUCUUUGGCAAGCCUGAAGCUAACACAGGAUUCUCAUUUGGCAAGCCUGCAUCUAACACAGGUUCACCACUCUUUGGAAGUCCUGCAUCUAACACAGGUUCACCCCUCUUUGGCAAGCCUGAAGCUAACACAGGAUUCUCAUUUGGCAAGCCUGCAUCUAACACAGGUUCACCCCUCUUUGGCAAGCUUGAAUCUAACACAGGUUCGUCCCUCUUUGGCAAGCCUGAAUCUAACACAGGUUCGUCCCUCUUUGGCAAGCCUGAAUCUAACACAGGUUCGUCCCUCUUUGGCAAGCCUGAAUCUAACACAGGUUCGUCCCUCUUUGGCAAGCCUGAAUCUAACACAGGUUCGUCCCUCUUUGGCAAGCCUGAAUCUAACACAGGUUCGUCCCUCUUUGGCAAGCCUGAAUCUAACACAGGUUCGUCCCUCUUUGGCAAGCCUGAAUCUAACACAGGUUCGUCCCUCUUUGGCAAGCCUGAAUCUAACACAGGUUCGUCCCUCUUUGGCAAGCCUGAAUCUAACACAGGUUCGUCCCUCUUUGGCAAGCCUGAAUCUAACACAGGUUCGUCCCUCUUUGGCAAGCCUGAAUCUAACACAGGUUCACCACUCUUUGGAAGUCCUGCAUCUAACACAGGUUCACCCCUCUUUGGCAAGCCUGAAGCUAACACAGGAUUCUCAUUUGGCAAGCCUGCAUCUAACACAGGUUCACCACUCUUUGGAAGUCCUGCAUCUAACACAGGUUCACCCCUCUUUGGCAAGCCUGAAGCUAACACAGGAUUCUCAUUUGGCAAGCCUGCAUCUAACACAGGUUCACCACUCUUUGGAAGUCCUGCAUCUAACACAGGUUCACCCCUCUUUGGCAAGCCUGAAGCUAACACAGGAUUCUCAUUUGGCAAGCCUGCAUCUAACACAGGUUCACCCCUCUUUGGCAAGCUUGCAUCUAACACAGGUUCACCCCUCUUUGGCAAGCCUGAAGCUAACACAGGAUUCUCAUUUGGCAAGCCUGCAUCUAACACAGGUUCACCCCUCUUUGGCAAGCUUGCAUCUAAGACAGGUUCACCCCUCUUUGGCAAGCCUGAAUCUAAAACAGGAUCCUCCUUUGGCAAGCCUGCAGACCAGCCUGGUGUCGUGGAGAUUUCUAUUUUAGAAAACUAAACCAAGCAUUCUCCUAUCAAUGAAGAAAUGCUGUUAUCAGGGUUACACAUCAUGGGAUUACACUAGAAAUUGUAAAUAAAUAAUAAUACAAUGAGUUUUCCCAUGUUAAUAUACACGUGUGUACUUUGAUUUGUUAUGCAGUACCAGUACUGUGAUGGAUUUGAUGUUCUCUGUACUGAAUUAAAUGGAUUUCUUCCACUGAUUUAAAAACUGUAAUAUACCCAUGAUAAUUUAACAAUUUUCUGCCAGAAGAUGGCAUUCAAACAACAGUCUCACUCUUAUGCAGUCCCUAAAUUCUCGUGGUCUGUUUUGAAAAAUAUGUAUUCUGACUUCAAUGGGACAAUCUGGCUAAAUACAAAUGUGACAGCUUGAUAUUAUGUUGGUGCAAUUGUAGUUUCUUACAUAUUGUUUCUGUAUUUACCAUUAAGUACAAUAUGUACAUAGCACUUAACACAUGGAUCUCACAGCCAUUUUUAUGUAUUUGUUUGGUGUGUGUGUGUGUAUGCAUGUGUGUUGCUGUUUUCAUACUGACGGCCUACCAAUCAAAUCAAAUGUUAUUUGUCACAUGCGCCGAAUAAAACGGGUGUAAACCUUA